CAUACCAAGCAUAGCCUGCGUGUCAGUGCAGUCGACUUACAGCUGGCUGUGAGGAGAACUGACGCUACUCUCUUUUUGCUCUUUAUCACCGCGAUACAUUCACUUGUAUUUUUAAAAAAGUAUCCCAAACUAACUGAAAACACAGGGGAAUCUAGUUAUAGCCUUCUUCGUAGGGUUGUAUUUUUAUAAGAAGAGGUUCUUCCAAACCAAAGUUGGAGGCUGGGCCUUUAGCUUUUUGACCGUCGACUUAGAAAAGAAGAAAAAAAGCUGGUCUUUUUUUGCAAACAACUCGAUAAAUGCUUCUAACAAAAAUGGACCUGUUGAACUACCAGUACCUGGACAAAAUGAACAACAACAUUGGCAUUCUCUGCUACGAAGGUGAAGCAGCUUUGAGGGGAGACCCCAGACUCCAAUCCCUGUCUCUGUCCUCAUCUUCAUCCUCCUCGUCCUCCUCUUCGUCGUCAUCCUCUUCAUCUUCCUCCAUUUGCAGCCACAGGACAGGUCCUCCUCCCAUCAGCCCAACAAAGAGGAAGCUGAGUGGGGAUCAGGGGGACAGCGACAUGGACGACAACGAACACGUGGCCAAGAUGAGCCGACUGUUUGCUGCACAGCUGAAACCUAAUGGAGACUACCGCAGCUCUCCCCUCUCAAAGGACCGCAGCCGAAGCCCCAUCGAGCGUGUGGUGGUGCCCAGUGCUCUGGGAGUCCACAGCAACCACCUGUACAGCCACGCCCACCACCAUCACCACCACCACCUGGCCAGCUUAGCCGGCAUGGACCAGCCGCUGGCACUCACCAAAAACAGCAUGGUGGUGGAGUCUGCACGCAGCAGCACAGCAGUAAUGGCCACAGUGCCCCACACAGUCAGCACCGUCGAGCGCCAGCAGAAUCGUCCUUCAGUGAUCACAUGUGCUCCAGCAAACAACCGCAACUGCAACCUGUCUCACUGUCCAGUUUCCCACAAUGGCUGCUCGAGCCUCACUAACAACUACAGGAGAAUCAAUACCAACACAGCCUGUGACCCCGUGAUUGAGGAGCAUUUCCGCCGCAGUCUUGGGAAGAACUACAAGGAGCCUGAGCCCACUGCCACCAACUCUGUGUCCAUCACAGGCUCAGUGGACGACCACUUUGCCAAGGCCCUGGGCGAGACCUGGCUGCAGAUUAAAAACAAGGGGAGUCCCUCAUCGACCAACAGCAGCCCAAACUCCUCCCCUGACAGUCGCAUGGUCAAUCACAACCACUCCCCUUCUGUGGUCUCCUGAAUGAGGAGGGGUUUCCCCAGCCCUCCCAAUCAAGCCUACAUUGACACCCCUGUUAAAUGUUCUGUCACCAGCAUCCCUGAGGGAAUGCCUGCCUGCUGGUCUGCUAUAAACACCCGACAUCCUCAAUCCUGCACUCUCUUUCUAUGCACUCAUAGAGGAUCAAUCAAGCAAUAACAAUAUGGUCGUUUUAUCCCCCCUUAUGUGCCCUGGUUUGUUAAAGACGGACAGUAAUCCAUAAUGAACGAUGAGGGUUCAACUUUGGGACUUAACUGGAGCACCAAGCUGCUCCUUCCAAUCAUUCAUCAUUUCUGUGUGUCAAGCUUGGAGCUGAGCAAGUGUCCAUAGUUAUUUGUAUAUAAAGAGAGGAGAAAGGCGGUGUUUUAAUUAUUAAUUUCCUUCUUUGUUUUUUGUUUCUUUAACAGUAGUUUUGUGUACUGUUUUUGCGUUAUGAGAUGCCUGACAAUUGAAAGAGAAGAUAAGCGAGAAACACUUUGGAUAAAUAACCACAAACCACCUGACAGUGCUACCAAAGAAAACUCUGACACUGAUGUUUAUCAAUGCCCAUCAAGAAAAAAAACAAACAAAAAAAAACAACAAAAAAAAAAAAAACACAUCCAUCGUACAAUCUUCAUCCUCUGUUUAUCAGCUUUCAUUCUCUCACCUUCCUCCUCCUGCGUGACUGUUGUGGUGGUUUUGUUUCUGCAUGUGUACACGUGGGUGAUCGGCUUGGUCUGAUUUGCACUACUGCUGUAGAGAGUAAAAAGGGUGUCAGUAUGGAAAUCUGGCACUGCACGCUGGGACUGAAAAAGCUCAUUUUGACCCAAACUGACUUAAUCCAGCUUCAGCUGGAACCUCCUUGAUAUCAGAUCUACCUGGGCUUAUCCACAUUCUGACUCUGAUAGAAAAAACCCUACAUAAUGAUGCAGUAGUUAUUGAGCAUAGAUGAAAUAUGCAAAAUAUUUUAGUAGGGCUGAGUGAUGUUAAAUGCCUGACAUUGAGGAUAUAGAAUUGGCUGCUGAGUGUUCAAAUAGUUUCAUCACACAAGAAAUGGAAUUACCUGAAGGCCCUUUGUCCACUAGACCUUUUCUGUGCUGGCAGUGCCCACUACUUUAAUUUUAGCAUGUUUUUCCUGGUGCUCACAGUUGCUGUGUCAAAACGUUGUUUCACAGCACUUUGCUGCCUUUGGUAGUGACUGUUUAAAGUUGACUAAAUUGCCUUCCUUGCUUAUUAUUUGCUUUUAUUUAAGGACAUGUUUGCAUAGACAUUGUCCUGGUGUUAGCAGCAGCUCUAGAUUGGAAAUUAAACUCUUGAGUAAACAAAUCUGGGUGCAUGAGAGAGCCUACCCUAACUUUUAUUGAUCCAUGAGGGAGAAAGAGUAUUUUUAAGAACUGUUAUUAAAGUUCAUUUAUUUUCAGUGAUUAGCACUUUGAGUGCAGUGACAAUCCUAAGUAUGCUUAGGAUGAACUGAUUUUGUAUAGACGAUGGGCGCUGACAGCACAAAAACACUGUUGGUGUGAACUCAGGCCUUCACAAUGUUGGUAAAACUCAUGGACAGCAGCAGCCAUCUACACGUACAUUAAAAGAGUCAGUAUUUCAUACAAACAGUGAAAGUAACAAUCUCCACUUGUGGAUUUUUAUCAAGUAGCGUUGUUAUUGGUAUAGAUAAUAUUAAUCCUGUCCCCAAAAUACCAUCAUCAGUACUUAACACAAUUGCUGUAAAUUGUGCCAAAUUGUUAGACAUCCCAGCAAUCAUAAAAAAAGACGAACACACAGUUGAACAACCCUACAGCGUGUUGACAGUAGUUUUGCCUGAACAUUGGGCUUUGUUUUAUUUCACAGCCUUACCUGCUGACAGUGAUGAGGGGCUAGAAGAUGCUGAACGUCAUUGUGGUCAAAAAAGUCUGGUUUUCUCGACUGGGGGAGAGAAGAUUAUUCGGAUCUCUUCAAACACACCUUUGAUUGUGUAUCUCCUUGAACACAGGUGUUGUAGUUGUGUUUGGCUUCCACUCUGCUGUCCCUCCCUCUCCCUUACUCUAGGGUUUUGGUAGAUUUCUAAAGGUUUGAAGGGUAAACUAAUGCUUUUACACAUGCAUGUUUUCUGUUUUGUGUUUAAUAGCUGGUAUCUAUUAAUGUUUUAAGCAUUUCAAUCUUAACUACUAUUAGCCGUUUCAAUUAGACGUUAGUUGUUACUUCUUUCAUCGUCAGUAACAGACUUAGACACUAUACACUCACUGCUGGGUCAGUUGUACUCCAUUAUAUUAUUGUUAUUGUUGUAUUACAGUUUUGUAUUUGUUGUUUUCCAUUAAUAUCAUUAUGGUAACAAACAUCUAUAGCAGGAUGGCCUCCGGACAGGCUCUGUUUAACAAUGAGAGCUGUGUUUCCCAUCACUACUUCAGUACAGGGAAUGAUCAGCUUGUUCCUGCAGCUGAGCUGAAAUUAUUCUCCUGCUGAAUUGAUGUUGGAUGUGCAGCUAAUAAAGGUUUUCUUAAGAUGUUGAUCCAUCGGUGGUACAGGAUGCUACAUUGUUGAGCAUGACUGAGCUGAGACACCAAACUGGCACAAACAAGUCAGCAGGGCCACGUUUUCCUGGAAGGCAUCACAGUUGAAAUAAAAAGUUUAUAGUCUCAUUUUACUGUUGAAAUCACCACCUUGUUGCUGCAGUAUGAAAAAAUAUUUCAUACAAGACAGACUAAAACACUGAUGCAUUCAGGAAACAUGGUCUAGUUUUGGUCAGAGCUUGUGUCCUGACUUGGUGUCCAGACAUUUUAUUUUGUACUUAAGUGCUUUUUUGUUAUCAACAACCUUGCGUUGUUGCUGCAGUUAAGCUAGACUGCUGCAGUCUGAGAAAAUGACUUACUCUGUAAAAGAGCCUGCACCAAGGUAGCAUACAUUCCUCCUGUAGGGAACUUUGAACAGGUCACAUGAACAGUCAGAAUGCCUGUAGACUACACAACCAGACAGAGCCAAAAGCCCAAGAGAUCCCCCUUGGGCUCCGAGAUGCAAAAAAGGCCACUUGUGCUAUUUUCAGUAAGAAAAAUAAGUGGUAAACCAGUACCGAUGAAUUAUCCUCAAAUAUGUUCAAGCCCUCUUGUUCCUUUAUCAGAGUGUAGAAUAUAGAGAGCAGGUUUUAACAGUCAAGAGAAGGCUGGGAUUAAGGGUGGUUUCACAUUAAUUACCAGGGCCCAGAUCUGAGUACACUUGACCCCAAAAUCUGGUUGAUUUGAACAGUGAAAAUACAAGCUUACUGUAUGCUGCAGUCAACUUAAAGAGGUUUUCUCGGGCACUGUUCUUAUGUAGUCUGAGGGAGAUAUAAAAGCAACCAUGCCUGAGUAUAUGUCAAUGUGACAAUUCUGUCUCUUCAAAAAGGGUUCGAUUAGGAAGUUGGAAGAGGGUCAUUGUUUGUCAUUAAGAUCAUAAAAUCCAUAGUAGCCUUUAGGAUAGAUUCCAUGGUUAGCAUUGAGUACAAACAUAUGGUGAUGCUAGUAGUUGCAAUGGCUGCCUCUUCCUCUUUCUUUUAAGAGGAAUUGCAACCCAACCAUGCACAUACCACCACACAAUGUCUCUGACAUGCUCAGGCAGGGAACAGGAAUACUAAUGUGAAAGCAGACCAAGGGAGUUGGAGCAAUCAUACUCGGGCAUGACACAAAACAGUUGUACUUAAUGUGAAAACACCCUUAAUGAUGUUAGUUGUUUGGCUUGCUUUGUUUUUUAUUAAACAUAAGAACAUCUACAACAGAGUUUUUUAAAUGGUUAGAAUGUCCACACAUUCCAUCCUCAACUAUCAGAACAGACGCAACUGAACCAGAGCCGACAGUAAAGGUUCUAGGUUCUUAAGAUACAGAGCUAAAAUCUCAUUUAAUUGCCCGUGAAUGAAUCACUAUGAAAGGAAAUGCUCAUCAAUCUUUCAGCAACAGGUUCCUAGUGGUCUGAAUGGAUGAUUUUCUUUUUUUUUUAUCAAGUCUGGGGGCAGUCUUGCUUCAGGAGCUGAGCUUCUGAAAGCCCGACCCGUGAGCCAGGAGACACUCAGCUGCCACUGAAAGUCUUUUUUCAGGUCUCACAGCACUGCCUCCGCCUCCUCGGACAUUCAAUUGAGCCUGAUGUAAGUUUGGAUGUUGUUAGCAACAUGCUAGAAAACAGGAGGGAAAAGGGCUUAGUGUCCAGAGGAUUUUGUUUUUUCUAUUAUUAUUCUUUCUCAUUAUCAUUUCACUACCACCCUGUAGGUAGGGGGCUCUCUUUCUGCUUAGGCACACACUCCCUACACACUGUAGGAAAAUCACUUAAUAAAAAAAAAAAUACUUUUUUAUAAUAGGUAACUAUAAAGACCAUCAUUACGCUGUGCGUAACGAAUGUACAGAAGAAAAAUCGUAGGUAUUUUUUGAGGAACAAUUAAUUUGUUAAUGAUAUGUAGCUAUUUAAUUGUUGGUUUUCCCUGUCCUUAUAUUGUAAUCAUUGCAUUUUUCUUUUUUUGUGAAAAAAGUUGAUCUUUUUUGUUUAUAGAGUUUGUUGUGUUAAAGGUUCAAGUGCAGGAACACAGUAAACGUAUGAAACCACGAUAAACCACCAGUGUGUCGGUGACAAUCGCUACUUCCAUGAUCCCUGAUGUUCUGCAGAGCUUGAUUGUGCAACGUCUGAACAACAGUUUCACUAAUGGUCACAGAGGGUUGUUCUUUUAGAGGCCUCUUGAGAAAUGUGCAUGUUGCAUCAAUUCAACAGAAUAGUUUUGCCACUAGCCCAAUGACUAUUGCCAGCCAUGUCCUAAUUAUUUACAAGUAAAAUAAAAAUCAACAUUUGACAUGGGCUAGUAGGUAAAAACAAAUGUCCACCUCUGCAUGUCAGUGAGACUGUGGGGUUAAAGGUCUUUUGAUGAUGUUUGAGGUCUACAGAUGGGAAUUGAGCAACAAGUUCACCUAUCCAACAUGGGAGAUGUUUGUUAAUGUCAGACAUGCAACUUAAAACACAAAAGUUGAAAUGAUGUCAGCCUUUUUUUAUCUUUCCAUGCUGAAAUUAGUUUUCUCAUUGCCAGACAAUGAGACUGAGAUCAUCUGUUGAGAAUAUGCGGUUUUGGGUUGUCAGCCAUAUUUAACUGAAGUUGCUGUUCCCGUCUGUUGAGGCCAUUUUUACAUCUUUGAUCAAGUAAACAUCAUCAGUGAAAUAGGAGUAGGUCUGAUUGACCACACCACAUACCCAAGGUCCUUUUGAAUUGGAAGUAGCAUGUACUUAGUGGUAGAAAUACUCUGAACUGUAAAACAAACACAAACUGUAUCAAGAAAAACAAGUUGUGGCUCUGUGUCUCCUACUAAAAAGGUUUUGGCAGGCCACCUUUUUUGUACGUAAAGUAGCCUUGAUGAACAAUAAAAUGCUUUUAAACUA